AUGGCGCCUUCCCUGACCCUCCGCCCGCGCACUCGCGACGCCGACCGUCCCUCGACCAGCCAGGGCGGCGACACCAACCUGAUCAUUCCCAGCAGGACCUCGUCCCUCCACUCCCGGAUCGCCCAGCCGCUGCCCUCGCAGCUCAACCAGAAGGCCAACCAGCGCGCUCCCAAGACCUUGACCCAUGCCUACAUGGUCUGCGGUGUCGGCCGCGAGCCGUCGCAGUGGGUCAAGGCUCCGCCGCCGUCCCAGGGCAAGAUUCAGCACAUGAAGGGCGCCGUCGGUCAGUUCUGGCUGCCUGAAAUCCUCGGCAGCAGCCCCAGGCUGGAGCAGGACAACGAGAUCGCCCGGUCCUUGCAUGCUGCUAUGCGGGCUUGCUUUCCCCACGAUGUUGAGAUAUGCACUGGUAGGAGCCAGCCGCACUGCGUCCACCACUCUUUCGUUCUUCAACAGGAUUCCUCUCAUACCCUCUAUGGCAUUGCACUUCGCGUCUGGUCGCGCGCCGAUGAGAAGAGGGCCGACACCAUCCGCGAUCUUCGCAAGCGGACGGAGCCCGAGUUCUACGACUCCCCGGAAGAGACCUACUGGAUUCCCUACUGCCUGAGCUUCCUCUCCAGAUAUCCCCUGUACAACCUGCUUGGCGACUACCUUCGUGGCAUGUGGAUCCACUGGAACAAGGCCACCAAUCUUUUCCACGCCGAGGAGGUUUCCCGCAUCCUAAGCUUCCCCGCGCCGAGACUCAAUGACCUGGUCAGGAUCGACAUGAAAGACUAUGCGCUCUGCUACCAAUUCCCUUCGUCUCCUACUGGUUUCCAGAACUUUGCCAUGUGGCCGCUCUUCUGUUGCUUGUCGAUUCCCAACAUCGUCGGUGUCCUUGAGGCGGCAGUCUCGCCCACUAGGCGUAUCAUCUUUAUCAGUCACUACCCCGCCAUGCUCACUGUGGCAGCCGAGACUGUUCGCUUCUGCGUCCGCGUGUACGAAUGGAGUGGUCUCUACGUUCCCGUUGUUCACGCCCGUCACGCCAAGAGCCUGGUCGAGGAGCCUGGUCCGUACAUUAUUGGUGUCACUGCCGAGUGCCGCACGCUCUUUACCGCGCCCAACGAUGCAUUGGUCGUUGACCUUGACCGCAACUUUGUCCUUACCUCGAGCCCGCCGACGGCGCUCAACCCUGGCCAGAGGACCAAGUUCAUCACUCGCCUCACGCAAGCUUUGAAUGGUGAGGUUACGCCCACUGGCGUGCCGCAGCACCUCCGGUCCGCCUACGGUGGCGGAAAGCUCGUCCCCGCCGGUCAGAUCAUUGUCAUGCGCGGUGAGGUCGAGAGCAUCCAGGAUCCCACUUGGUGGAACCAGGAUGCCGUUAUGGGUGUUAUGGACCACGUCUGCGAGAAGCUUGGACGCAACUCCGGCGUGAAGGCCAUCUUUGGUGGCCAACAGAAGAAGCCAUUGAUGACCAAGGUUUCCAUGAGGCACCUUAACGAGAUUGUCCGCGAGCGCAACCAGUACUCCCGUGAUGCCAUGGAGGCGUGGCAGGACUUCAUCAACCUCAAGGGCAGGAUGGACACCGAGCUCUCCAAGGUCUCUAAGAGGAACAACUUCCUUGUUGAGGAGCUUGAGAGCUGGAAGCAGCAGUUCCUUAAGUUCCAGACCUUUGCCGAGCAGCUCACCAAGGAGACCCAGGAGCUCAAGGUCAAGAUUGAGAGCCACAAGCGCGAGAACCGUCGUCUCAACAACCUCAUCGACCAGCAGAAGGACGACACCUCCAGGCUCACUGUUCGCCUUUCUGGAACCGAGAAGCAGCGCGACGACGCCCUGGAAGCUCUUGUGCUGCAGCAAGAAAUUGCCGAGGAGCUGGAACGCGAGAGGAAGCGCAACGGCAAGGAGUUGUCUUCGCUUGAGCAACACAACUCUCAGCUUCUUCGCCAGAGGGAUGAGGCGCAGCGGGUUGUUCUUCACCUGCGUGCCCUGAUUGACGGCCAAGCGCACCACAUGGAGCACAUUGUCAAGUCUCUGAACACUGCCCCUGAAAUUCAGGACUACAUCUCUGGCGCGUUCGAAAAGGUCCCGGAUGAGCCUGCAUCGGAAGAGGAGGUCCAGGAGCAUGAGAACGAGAAGGAGGAAGAAACCCCGGCGAAGCCAGCCGACGAACAGGCUGAGGUUGGAUCGCUCCGUGGUUUCCGGGGCUUGGAGUCGAGGGCGUCAUCUCGGGCCUACAGCAGAGCCAGCACCCUGAACGCCGGCCAUGCGGACGGUGAGGACGUCAGCCAGGACAUGGAGGCGAGGCUGCUCAACAGCCCGCUCUCCCGUAAGCGCCUUUCCCAGCUGAGCAUGGCGGACGUCGCUGACAGGCACCUCCGCGACAAGACUGAUGCCAUUGCCUACAUCAUCAGAAACAUCUCUGAGCAAUGCGCAGCGGCCGUCGAGGGCCUACAGCUCGCCCAACGGGCUGACGUCGAUGAGGACCAGAUGGCUCACGGGCGCCGCGAAUCGGUGGCCGAGUCGGACGAUGGCACCAUUGAUGGUACGACGGGUCUGACGACGGGCAGCGAUGCGGGGGACGAGGACUCGAGCUUUCUUCACCCGGGCCGCCACUCGCACUCGAGCAUCCCGCCGACGCCGGACUUAGUGCACGGAUACCGGUCGAGCACUGCGCUGUCGUACGCGAGCGCGUCGACGACGCCCGAGAGGCACAGCAUGCAGCACUACAAGAACGAGGACGCGGUGGACGUGCCGACCAAGAUCAUUGAGCACGACCACGAGCCGUUCGACCCGGUGCUGCACGAGCUCGAGGGCCACCACAUCGCGCCGGUGUCCAAGUACGCACACAACAUCAACCGGAGGUCCACCCAGCAUCUCCGCUACAGCCAUCGGGGAUAGAGGACGAGGCCGCUGAGGCUUCGGAUGCAUUUUCUGGAGAGUGUUUAAAAAUACCCUAUGAUGUUACUGCCGGCUUGCUUUCUCUUUCCUUGUACUUACGGGGGCCCCUUUUUUACAUUUCGCUUCUUUGCCACGUCGACGAAGCUGGACGGGG